AUGGUGCUGGAAGGACCACCAGAGCUGCGGCAGAUUCCGGAGGAGGUAAUGAUGGAAGUGGGCAUGAGGGCUCCGAUGAGCUGGUCCACAGACAUAACGUUCCGUCUCUGGAAGGAUCAGCGUAGAAGGAUAUCACUGGCGGUGGCACGUUUUCUUGAAGGAGGCAUGCGAAAAACUUUGGCCAAAAAGGGGGCGUGA